GUCGCGCUUGACACUAAAAGGAUCUGAUGGUCCCAGUCUGCCUCCCAUCUGCAUCUCUGGCAUCGAUUCCUUGGCCUGUUGCUGGACAAGCUGCAUGACAGGCUGCUACCCUCGCCCAGUCUCUCUCAGUGCCACCUUUUAUCUUCCAGAAAGCUGGUUGAAGGGCUAACGUGACGUUACACCCGCAGUUUUGCGAGCAGAGCAGGGAUUUAAUACAGCUAUGUCCGAGGAAUUUGACGGAACGAGGACUUCGGAGGAACACCAGGAAAUGGAGGACAAAGUAAUCAGUCCAGAGAAAGCGGAGGAGGCCAAACUGAAGGCCAGGUAUCCUAACCUGGGAGCCAAGCCUGGAGGCUCAGACUUACUCAGGAAAAGACUUCAGAAGGGGCCAAAGUAUUUUGACUCUGGUGACUACAACAUGGCCAAGGCAAAAAUGAAGAAUAAACAGUUGCCAUCAGCACCAACGGAGAAGACUGAGAUCACUGGGGGGCACAUCCCAACACCUCAGGACCUGCCACAAAGAAAGACUUCAAUCGUGGCCAGCAAACUGGCUGGUUGAUGGGUUUUAUGUUUACUGUUUUGUUUUCAUUCCAACCGCCACUUCAUAUCUACCUGCCGUUUACAUUUCUGUUUAUUUAUCCCUUUAAAUGUAUUCUCUAUGAACAAGUUAUGCAUCAAGCCAAAUUCUUGAGAACAAUUGGCAACUGUCAGGCACCGACUUGCCAUUUAUUUAAAUCCAACAAAAAAUAGAAGCUGAAAAUGUUUCUCAAGAUCCUAAAAAAGACUAGUCAUUGAUUAUACAAUUAUUAUAAAUAUGAAUGGAACUUAAUGCUAUCUUAGUCUCAAAUAACAUUUUCACUUUUAAGGAUAUAUGCCGCCAUACACAUCGCCUGUCUAACAGCAGCCGAAGAGCCUGUGCAGAGGAAUUGUUACGCCAUGUUGCUGAUAAUUGCAGAUGAAAAAUGGAGUUAGGACUACAGACAGUUUGAAUUGAUGUAUGUGUGAAGAAUCUGUAAUUUACAGAUUUGCCUUUCUAUU